GUUCUGUCCUUGCGCCUAGGUCCAUGGAGGGGAGCCCGUCCCUGAGGCGCAUGACGGUGAUGCGCGAGAAGGGCCGGCGCCAGGCKGUCCGCGGCCCGGCCUUCAUGUUCAACGACCGGGGCACCAGCCUCACGGCUGAGGAGGAGCGCUUCCUCGACGCCGCCGAGUACGGCAACAUCCCCGUGGUGCGCAAGAUGCUGGAGGAGUCCCGGACGCUGAACGUCAACUGCGUGGACUACAUGGGCCAGAACGCGCUGCAGCUGGCCGUGGGCAACGAGCACCUGGAGGUGACCGAGCUGCUGCUCAAGAAGGAGAACCUGGCGCGCAUCGGCGACGCGCUGCUGCUGGCCAUCAGCAAGGGCUACGUGCGCAUCGUGGAGGCCAUCCUCAACCACCCCGGCUUCGCGGCCAGCGAGCGCCUGACCCUGAGCCCCUGCGAGCAGGAGCUGCAGGACGACGACUUCUACGCCUACGACGAGGACGGCACGCGCUUCUCGCCGGACAUCACCCCCAUCAUCCUGGCCGCGCACUGCCAGAAGUACGAGGUGGUGCACAUGCUGCUGCUGAAGGGCGCGCGCAUCGAGCGGCCGCACGACUACUUCUGCAAGUGCGGGGACUGCACCGAGAAGCAGCGGCACGACUCCUUCAGCCACUCRCGCUCGCGGAUCAACGCCUACAAGGGGCUGGCCAGCCCGGCCUACCUGUCCUUGUCCAGCGAGGACCCGGUGCUCACGGCCCUGGAGCUCAGCAACGAGCUGGCCAAGCUGGCCAACAUCGAGAAGGAGUUCAAGAACGACUAUAGGAAGCUCUCCAUGCAGUGCAAAGAUUUUGUGGUGGGCGUACUGGACCUCUGCCGGGACUCGGAGGAGGUGGAGGCCAUUCUGAACGGAGACCUGGAGUCUUCGGAGCCCCCGGAGGUGCACAGGCCCAGAGCGCUGAGCCGMGUCAAGCUCGCCAUCAAGUAUGAAGUCAAAAAGUUUGUGGCGCACCCCAACUGCCAGCAGCAGCUCCUGACCAUCUGGUACGAGAACCUCUCGGGCCUGCGGGAGCAGACGGUGGCUGUCAAGUGCCUGGUGGUGCUGGUGGUGGCCGUGGGCCUCCCGCUGCUCGCCAUCGGCUACUGGAUCGCCCCCUGCAGCCGGCUGGGGCGGGUUCUGCGGAGCCCUUUCAUGAAGUUUGUGGCACACGCGGCCUCCUUCAUCAUCUUCCUGGGCCUGCUGGUGUUCAACGCCUCCGACAGGUUUGAAGGCAUCGCCACACUGCCCAACAUCACGGUCACUGACUACCCCAAACAGAUCUUCAGGGUGAAGACCACUCAGUUCACGUGGACAGAGAUGCUGAUCAUGGUCUGGGUUCUCGGGAUGAUGUGGUCUGAGUGUAAGGAGCUGUGGCUGGAAGGGCCCAGGGAGUACAUCCUGCAGCUGUGGAACGUGCUGGACUUUGGRAUGCUCUCCAUCUUCAUCGCCGCCUUCACGGCCAGGUUCCUGGCCUUCCUUCAGGCAACAAAAGCCCAGCAGUACGUGGACAGCUACGUCCAAGAGAGUGACCUCAGCSAAGUGACGCUGCCGCCCGAGAUACAGUACUUCACCUACGCUAGAGAUAAAUGGCUGCCUUCUGACCCGCAGAUCAUCUCCGAAGGCCUGUAUGCCAUCGCUGUUGUGCUCAGCUUCUCUCGCAUCGCCUACAUCCUCCCUGCCAACGAGAGCUUCGGCCCCUUGCAGAUCUCUCUUGGAAGGACGGUGAAGGACAUAUUCAAGUUCAUGGUCCUCUUCAUCAUGGUGUUUCUGGCCUUCAUGAUCGGCAUGUUCAUACUGUACUCUUACUACCUGGGGGCCAAAGUCAACGCUGCUUUCACCACUGUAGAAGAAAGUUUCAAGACUUUGUUUUGGUCGAUAUUUGGGUUGUCUGAAGUGACUUCCGUUGUGCUCAAAUACGACCACAAAUUCAUAGAGAAUAUUGGCUAUGUCCUUUACGGGAUAUACAAUGUAACUAUGGUGGUGGUUCUACUCAACAUGCUCAUUGCUAUGAUCAAUAGCUCCUAUCAAGAAAUUGAGGAUGACAGUGACGUAGAAUGGAAAUUUGCUCGUUCCAAACUUUGGCUCUCCUAUUUUGAUGAUGGGAAAACCUUGCCCCCACCCUUCAGCCUGGUUCCUAGUCCAAAAUCAUUUGUGUAUCUCAUCAUGCGGAUCAUCAACUUCUCCAAAUGUAGAAGGAGAAGGCUCCAGAAGGAUCCAGAAAUGGGAAUGGGUAACUCAAAGUCCAGGUUAAACCUCUUCACUCAGUCUAACUCAAGAGUUUUUGAAUCACACAGUUUUAACAGCAUUCUCAACCAGCCAACUCGUUAUCAGCAGAUAAUGAAGAGACUGAUAAAGCGGUAUGUCCUGAAAGCGCAAGUGGACAAGGAGAACGACGAGGUGAAUGAAGGUGAAUUAAAAGAAAUCAAGCAAGACAUCUCCAGCCUUCGGUAUGAGCUUUUGGAGGACAAGAGCCAAGCGACCGAGGAGCUGGCCAUUCUGAUCCACAAACUCAGCGAGAAGCUGAGUCCCAGCGUGCUGAGGUGUGAAUGACGGCGGCUGGAGCCUGGGGGUGCACCGCAGCACAGAYGUGGCAAUAACGCUUCUAAGUGUGAAAUACUUGAAAAACUGGUGUACGUUUUUAGUAGCAACUACCUUUAUCAUGUGACUCUUCAAAGGUUAGGGUUAAGGAUUUUGCAGUUUUAUCACAAGAAAACGCAUUUCAUUGUCUGCCUUGACAUUACAAACGACAAUAUACCAUUGUAUUUAAAGGCCCAAUAUUACUAUGUUACUGACAGUUUUGUCUAUUUUAGAAUAUACUCUGUUUUUGCACUACCUGUUUGCCUCCAAGAGAUUGUAAACUCCUUGGAGACAGGACUAUGUCUUAUUCAUCUUUGUGUCUCCAGCACCUAGUACAGUGCCUGGUACAUAGUAGGUGCUCAAUAAAUGUUGAAGCCAAGUGAACUGAACUGCCAAUAAAAUACAAAUAAAAAUUCAUCACUGUGUAGCAUACCUUCCCAUGUCCAACUUCUCAAGAGUUUGAAUUUUUUAAAAUAGAAAUGGAAGAAAUUUUACAAUCAGCUAUGACCUAGUGAGAACUAUGACCUAUUUUCUUAGAAUUUUAGGCAUUGCUGAUAAUCCCAGGACCAAUGAGCCCUGAGUGAGAAUUUAACAAUGAGGUUGGUUAAUGGAAGACACAUUACAGAUUUAAGUUUCAUCGGAUUGUCCGAAACAACACAUUAAAGAUUUUUCUAAAAUA